AUGUCAAAGUCGGUGGGAUCAUUAUUGUCAUCCACCACCAAUGGUGGUCAAUCGUUGGCAUUGAUGGAACUGCCAUCAUACAUAUCGGUCACUCCAAAGAUAUCGUUGACCGAUAUCAUCCGUUCGUAUGAAGAGGCCUCCAACAAGACUCGUUCAAGAAAAGGUCCAUACACAAGACCUGUUGACGGUGUUGAUCCCUCGAUAUCCAGCAACGACGAGUCAGACAACAUCAAUAUCGGCAACAUCAACAACAACAAAUCGAAUGGAAGAGGAUCACUUGGCAACAACAAGACAUCAUCAACAAAGAAUACAUCACAACUAUCAAAGUCGUUCGCUGGCUUCAACAGCAACAGCAGUAGCAACAGCAGCAGUAGUAGUAGCUCCAGCAAGUCAGACACAAUAUUCUCGCAUCGCUCGUCACUAACGAGUAGUAUGGGUGACCUUACGAUCGAGCACUUUUCCCACUUGGACCGCCCCUUCUUCACGACCGUACCAAUCGACACUGACGUGUACUCGUGCCCAGUGUGGGGCUGCGCAUUCAUCUUCCAGAAGUACAAGGACAUUGAGAUUCACUGUCAGCUGCACCACCCGUCGCGACUCACCAACUCGAUCGAGAGUCGUGGCGUCGACAUUGUGGCGCACAACGAGAUCACCGACGUCAUGCUACUCGAUCGCUAUUCGGCCGGCUCAAUCCCGCUGCUUGUCUCGGGUCUGCCCGACCAGUGGGCGUCGUCUGCCGCCGACUUCAACGUUAACACACUAUUACAGCGCUAUCCCAAGAACAAGACGAUGUGGAACUACGCCGACGAAACGGGACGCAACCACCAGUACAUUGGCGACUUCAACAAGUUCAACCAAUCCACCUCCAGAACAGCACGCAACAGCUGCUGUGUCAAAAUGGCGUUUGAUCAUCCCGACAGCUGGGGACCAUUGCCAUUCUUCAAGUCAAACUACCUAAAUAUAUUAAGAGAUAGUCAUUUCCCCAAGUCCUACCUAUUCAUCGGUGGAUCAGGAUCAAUUAUAUCAUUACACAGACAGUUCACCGAUUUCUCAAUAAUAGCAUUACAAGGAAUGAUGAGAGUCAUCCUAUUCCCUCCAAACAAGAUAGUGGAGAUGGGAGCAUUCAAUAAGCACCUGUUGAACAAGGAUGGAAACAUGCCAAGAUACAUAUACUUUGAGCCACAGCUCACACAGGAUGACACUGCACUCAUAUCAAGGUUUGGAGGAAGAGUAGUGUUUGUACACAAGGAGGAGACACUAUUCAUCCCCGCCGGAUGGUACUUCCAGACAACAAUAUUAGAGGAUGACUCCCUAUCACUACACUACCAGAGCGUCAAUCAGAACAACUUGGAGUUCUUCCUGCAAAACAUAAAGAAGCAGGGCUUGGGCGACAACUUUACAGCAUUCGACUUUACUCGGUGUAUCAUUGGCGACUUUUUGAAGCGCGCCACACAGCUGAUAGCCAACCAGAAGAAGAACAAGAACUCACCGGUGAUUCUGGAGCCGACCAGGAAGCAGUGGAACAACUUCCAGUGUUCGGCCAAACAGAUGUCACUCUACCAGCAUGUGAUCGCGGCGCUGAAAGAGUGCUUCACACUGAUCUCGGCCUACUACCUGGUGAUGCAGGACAAGCCACUCGAGGAGAAGAUACGCAUCGAGCAAGAACAACUGGUCAACAAUCUCAAGAAGGCAUCCAACGAUCUCAACUACUGUCUAAUCGCAAUGUCGAGCUUCUAUGUCAAUCAAUGA